GUUUGUAAUCAGCUGUCAAAGUGUCAGAUGUUCCCAUUGUAGCCGCUGAGAGUUGAGCUAUGUUCUGGGCAGGGGGGAAGCGCUCGGGUCCACUGGGUAUGUUCAUCCAAGAAGCAGCCGUGGAUGUGAAGGAUAUACUGCACGGACACCAUCUGCUUCACUCUACUCUUUCUGCUACAAGGUGUUUAAAGUGCUCUCUCUAAGCAGGGCUCUCAAUGAUUGAGUUAGGCCUGGCUGACGGCAGCCUGAUCGACGAGCUGAUUGAGCUGACGUCCCAGAGCCUGGGUCAGCUGGAGAUCCAGGAACACUUCAAUGUCAUCAAGGAGAUCGGUCGAGGAAAGUACGGCAAAGUGCUGCUGGUCACACAUCGUUUCAGAGGGACUCCCAUGGCCUUGAAAGUGAUGCCCAAGACCUCAACAAAGCUAAAGGGCUUCCUGCGAGAAUACUGCAUCUCCUUGGAUCUGCAUCGCCACCCCUGCAUCGUGGGCCUCUUUGGCAUUGCCUUCCAGUCUAAGGACCACUACUGCUUUGCCCAGGAGCUCGUUAUCGGGAGGGACCUGUUUGCUGUCAUCCAGCCUAAGGUGGGUAUUCCUGAGGCGUCCGUUAAACGUUGCGUCCUCCAGAUUGCUAGCGCUUUGGAGUUCAUCCACAGCCGGGGCCUGGUCCACCGAGACGUGAAGCCUGAGAACAUCCUCUUGCUGGAUCAUCAGUGCAGCCAGGUCAAGCUGGCGGACUUUGGUCUGGCCCAGAAAACAGGCACUCUUAUCAGUUUCAUUACAGGAACCCUACCUUACAUGUCACCCGAGCUUUGCACUGUUGCUCUACUGGAGGGCCAGAAAGAAGUCACUGCUCCUCCGCUGAGUGUGGAACCAAGUCUGGACACAUGGGCCUUCGGUGUGGUUAUAUUCUGCAUCCUCACAGGCUACUUCCCGUGGGACCGUUGCAUGGAUUCAGAUGACUCCUACCAGGAGUUUGCCGACUGGUCCAAAUUGGGAGAGAGCGCCAACACAGAGGAUGACAUUCCACCACUUUGGACAAGGUUCACCCCGGAAGCCAUGGAGUUGUUUGGCAAGCUCCUGGCUCUGGAUGCAGAAAAGAGGGCUACUGUUGGGGAGGUGAGACAAUAUGUAGAGAAGGCUUGGCUCAAAAAGGAACAUGGGAUGGAGCAGCUGCAGACAGCAAAAAAUAAAGAAUAAUGUUGGACAUUAAAGGGAAACAUUAUCACAAUUUCAAAAGGGUUAAAAACAAUAAAAAUCAGUUCCCAGUG